AUGUUAGAGAUAAGAGGAUCCCGCCACGCGGUCCGCGCGUUCAAUCGAUCAGUCGCUCUGUCGAAAGCCUCAGCAUCGGUGAUCAUGUCAAGCGAGCUGGAUAUCAGAAAUUACUUUGAGUUUGCCAAGGAACUAGCCUUGAAGGCAGGCGAGAUAUUUAAAUGUGGUUUCGAAGGACAAAAGAUCGUAGAGUCCAAGGAACACAUAUGGGACCUCGUAACAGAUUAUGACAAAAAGAUUGAAGAUGCACUAAUCCAAAAUCUAAAAACGAAAUUUCCAGAUCACGAAUUCAUCGGUGAGGAAACCACGGCUACUGAUAAAAAGAAACCAGAGUUGACGGACAAGCCAACGUGGAUCAUAGAUCCCAUAGAUGGAACUUUGAACUAUAUACAUUCACACCCAUACACUUGCAUUUCCAUUGCUCUGGCAAUUUGCAAGGAACUUGUGAUAGGAAUUAUUUAUAACCCGCUUACUUCAGAAUUGUAUACUGCGAUGAAAGGACAAGGAGCUUUCUUGAACGACAAGCCUAUUAAGACUUCCAACGCUACUGAGUUGAAGAAUUCCUUGAUAGAGUUGGAAGUAUUCUCGCUUCAAGUUACUAAUACAAAAAAUCGGGAUAUCCGAUGGGGUAGAUUGGAAGCUUUUAUUGAAAAUACGCAAGCAAUUAGGUAUUCAGGAUCGGCUGCAUUGGCCUUAGCAUUCGUAGCAAGAGGUGCAUUGGACUGUCUGUACAUGGACAGACUUCAGCCUUGGGAUGUUGCAGCGGGUGUGUUAAUUAUUCGCGAAGCAGGCGGUUCAGUAGUUGACACCAAAGAAGAGGAAUAUGACGUUAUGAAGCCCAGUACAAUUGCCGCAGCAAAUGAGAAAUUAGCAAAGGAUAUAAAGCAAUUUAUUAUUAAUACCGAUUUGAAAGUAUUACGGAAGAGAUUGACCAGGACUUGA